AAUAAACGGAGGAAUAAGAGUGAAUCGUAUUUUCUGAGGAAAUCACAGACAAGUAGACUAAACGGAAGUAAAUAGAAGGAAACCUCUUAAUAUUUGAGCGAACUAUCCCCCUUCCCGCAAGCUCGUUGCUCAUUGGCCAGCGGACUAUUCGUCACGUCGAAGGCUUCCGCAUUGGUUUGUAAACACAUGUUUUUAUGUUUUAAACGAUGGUCUACUCGGUUUUACUUUGUUUAAUGCAUGAUGUGGUGCACCUUCACAUUUGUACGCAACAACAGGGAAAUGUUUAGUUAAUAACCACCCGUAUCGAUCGAAAAGUGAACAUUUAAUUGCAGAGAUCUAACAUAUAAAGAGACUCUCAUCGUUCGAGGCUACAUGCUACUGUUCCUCAACAUCAAAGACCUCCUCUAGUUUGCUCUCUGUCCGACUCAAUCCGAAGCCAUGGACAAAGUUGGAACAUCGCAGUUACGCCACAAUGUCCCGGGAACUUUACCGCUGGACCGGAGGGAGAAAAUAUCUCGAUAUCUUGAGUCUUCCGUUGGACACGGCGGGCAGGAUGCAGUGUCUGAAGCACGUGCAGAAGAAGACAGGGACUCGGGAGACAGCCUGUUCCUUACCCAAGUGGAUGUAACGUUACCUGUGGCCGAGGGGUCAGCGGGACAGCGUCACACCACAUCAAACCCCACAUUUUCCAGAGAUCUGACGGAACGAGAAGACAUUUUUUCAUCAUCCUCUUCCGACGAUGAACAGAGGAGGAGAAGGAAGAAAGACUCCCUGCCAACAUACAAUUUCCCUUUCCUUAAAACUCAGAAGAGGAGGCACCGAAGAACUGACCAAUACAAAGACCUUCAUAAUUACAUGAUUGGAGGCUUCUUUAAAUGCCUCCAAGAGCUGAGGCAGUGCUGUCAAAGGGAACAGACCCUGGAGUCCUCUUUACCAACGGUAGACAUGGACGGGGACAUCUCUCCAUUGUCAGAAGAAGACAGAGAAAAAUCCGAGGAUGAAGACAUCAAAGUGGUGGAGAAGAAAUACUUUGUUUCGUUAUCCACAAAAAAGAGCAAACAGAACUGGUGCAACGAGUUGAAAAAACAAGACGGGGGGAAAGGCACCAACACUGGAAAAAAUCCACAAACAGAGAUGAGUUCUAACAAACAAAUCAAGACCUCCAUGUUGAAAGACAUACAAAUGUCUUUAGAUUCCGAGAGCUUUGACAAUGGAACAUCAUCAUCCUGCAAUGUUCUGGACCAGAAAGGGAGGAAAGCAAAACAUGCAACAGGGGACGGAAACUUUCUGGCCACAACUGACAGAGAAAAAAACAAGAAUGUUUCUCUUCACCAAAAAGCAAGUGAGGAAGGACAAAAAAUGUGCAACGCUAAUGACGCCGGCCUCUUGAAGUCUCUGAAAAGUUUGGGCCAGGCCGCACAAAAGGGAAGAGAAGCACCAGAGCCGGUAAACAGACACGAAGGUGACGGACCAGAAAGCCAACAUCUCCUCCACGGACACCCAGACCGCACAGGCGCCACUACGGUGAAGAAAGCGAAAAAAUCUGGUCCGCAUGCUGCGACGUCCGUUACAAUGGAGGCAGUAGAGACUCCCGUCCUGUCUGGUGGCUGUAAGGCAGCGCAGACCAGUGAAGUCCCGGAAAUGAAUGGGAAAAAUGGGAUGGAGGAUUUGUCAAGAGAUGGUGACACACUGAGGCAGGAGGAAGGAGAUAUUCCCGACUCAAAACCAAAAGAAAAGAAGAAGAUGAAGUCCUCGGCCGAACGAGUCGGACAGGGAGUGGAUGGAAAGGUAGAGAGUGAAGUGAGAGUGGAGACUGGUGCAAAGAAGAAACGCAGGAAAGAGAGGGGCAAAAGUGUUGAGCAUUUACGGCCCAGUGCAGUUGCCGAACCUCCAAAUGACGGUGCGGACAUACAGAAGGAGAAGAAAAAGGAUUUGGGAAUCGUAAUGACAGAGGAACAUGAAGCAGAGGGGGCAUUGAAUAGGACAUUGGAUGUGCCGGCAAUAUCAACCGAACAGUUGGGGGAAUCGGGAAAUUGUUUAGAAAAUGUUGCGACCUCUCAAGAAACAUCAAGAUUGAGUUUUGUAAAAAGGAAAAAGGACAAAAAGAAGCAACAGUCAUUCUGUAACGACGCUCCCGACCAGAGAAAAGAGGGUGCUGAUCGGUGCAGGAAUCUGGAUGACUCUGUUACCACGGCAACAGGCUCAAGGACAACGCCGAAGAAGAAGAGAACUAUCUUUGAGGAAACGAAUGACUCUUUUUACACCAAGAAGAAGAAAAAGAGUGAAAUAGUUAGUGGAGAUAAAUGUGAAGACACACUGGCACAACGCGAUGAUUCAGCAUCUACACGGAAAAGGGGAAAGAAGAAGUCAUCCUUCCUCGUUGCUGAUGUAGAGGAAACCAAUGUGCCGACACACAGGGAACCGGUCGCUCUCUCUGCGCCCCGGGUCGGGGGCCACGAAGAACUGGAGGGCAGAGCCAGCGAUCAGGAGGAACUUAACAAUGGGGUCGCAGAUCAGAAAAAAAAGAAGAAGAAGAAAAAGAAGAGGAAGGUGUCUGUGGUGCAGGACAGCGUGGAAAAAGAUCACGAGGAGAACCAGCAAGAACCAGGCAAAGCACGACAGAAGAGUGAAAAUGAAGAAUUAGACUGUGCAGCUGAUGCAGGGUUUCCUCUUCUCGAUGAGGCCUCUGGGCUGAAAAAGAAGAAGAAGAAGAAGAAAAGGUGUCACGAUGUGAUAGAAGAGGAUCCGCCGACUGCCAAAGAUGGCCGCACCGAUGACGAAGUGACCACGGAAGCACUGACCUCCGCCGAACGCAAUUCAGCAUCUUCGGAGACACCUGGACAUAAGGUGUUAGAGACAAGAAAGAAGAAAAAGAAGAAAAUAAAAAAUGAUAGGGGAGAGUCAACCGAGUUAGAGCGCAGAGAAAACAAAGAGAAGCAGAGAAGAGAUGAGAAGUCUACAGUCACAGAAACUUCAGACAUUAGGAAAAACAUGCAUGGAAAGCUCAAGCGGAAACUUUAUAAUCCAAAUGAGGAGUUCUUGACCGGCUCUUCGUUUAAAGACGCCGAUUGAAGGAGUGGUAGUUUGUUUGAUUGGUGGAGGGAUUCUCCACAAUUACCUCAACACGCAAGAUAACUAAAGCAGAACCACACAGGACACCCUGCAUCUGUUUAGAUGGACGGUGUAACGGAAAAUGUGAAAACAUUUCUUAAAAUCUAUAUUUUUGUAUGUUUUAACAACUUUGUUUUCAACAACAUUAAUAACCAACUAUGAAGAUUAUUUUUAUUUUUUAAAUAAAAGCUAUUAGUUUUUUAGAGUAAGAAAUGUGAAUGUUAUUUAUUGAAACUGCAUUGAAUACCAUCAAUUUGUCAUCACUUAAAAGCAAAAACACCUUGAAUCUGUAUUUUUUUUUAGUAUGUUUUUUAAAUGUUUGUUAAUAUACCACAUUGUCACCUACUCAGGAUGACAUAUACGUUUCAAAACGCCACUUAAUGGGGGUUUGGCUCACUGUCUGAUGGGGAAGUUGUGUCUUUUCCUUAAAAUGUUUUAGUAUUUUGCUACGCCAUGAAAUCACACAAAUGUGACUGUGUGUAUUGGAAUAUAAGAUUAAUAAGAUAUAUUUCUCAAAAUGCAGCUGUGGCCAAAUUUAAAAAAGGAUUUGUGAAUGCUAAAAAUGUAGUAAAGGGAGGCGUGACAUAGAAUAACCCCUAUGGGUGUGUCAAGUUAUAAAAAAUCAAAUGCUUUAGACACGGAUGUUUAAUAAAAAAUCUAUAAAGAUAAAAAACAUUUUUAUUUUAAGUUUUUUAGACAAAAUUCCUCAGGGUAGUGAUCGAUCACAAAUGGAAACAACAUAAUUGAUGCUAAAAUGUCGAAGCCAAUAGUGAUACUGUAUAAAUCGAGAUUUACUAACUUCUAACACCUUGCAUAUUAUCUAUUGCUCACUUAUUCUUCCAUGUACCAUAUUGUGUGGAGUCUGAGGGUCAACCUAAAAAACACUUAUAUACUCAACAGUCUUGUGACAAAAACAAGCGAUGCGUAUCAUAAGGCUGGUUUUUCUGGGCACACAAACCCAUUGUUUGUCAAAUCUCAUGUCAUAAAGCAUUAACGACUUGAUAGACAAAAUAGUGCAAAAGCAAAGUGUUCUUCUAUACAUAAGUGUAGGCAUGAUUUGAGAGAUGUUACAAGUGCAAAGGAAAUGAGUAUUAAUAUGCAUGUGGUUUAUUUUUUCUCUACUUUCUUCUUUACUAACUAAUAAAAUCACUAAGUGUCCCAUUCAUAUUUACGCCAUUUAAAACCCUCAGAC